AUGGACCACAUCGCCACGGCGAUCCUGCUGGCGCUGGCCGCCCUCGGCGCCGGCGCGCUGCUGCUGGGGGCCCUAGCCCUCGUCUGCGUCCUCGUGUCACGCCCGUGGGACCCCCGGUUCCGUUCGUACGGCGCAGUGGCGGCGCUACCGUUCCCGGCGUUCCGCGUCAUCUGCUCGUUCUUCGGCGCGUGCGAGCGGCUGGCGGCGAUGAAGCCCGGGCCGUUCAGGGUGGCCGAGGUCACCGGGCUCUACGUGCAGUCUCAGGUCGGCGCUGGGCUGCUGGGGGAUGCGUUUGCGCUCAACGCAGUGUCCGCCUGCCUCCUGCCCGACCACCCUGCCGGGAUGGGCGAUUUUGUCGCGCUGUUCAAAGACCACUAUGAUGGCCUGGCACACCUUAGCGAGGGCUUGCGGCGCGGCGUUGUGCCUUUCAAGCUGACGGAGCUUUCCAAGGGCCGCAGCUUCUUCGACGUUGUCGCGGACAGCGAGCGCCACGCCAAGACCUUUGACGGCGCAAUGCGGCAGGUGGACAACAUCAGCGGCGGCUCCAUCCUCCGCGCCUACCCCUGGAGAAGGUUUGACCAUGUGGUUGACGUGGCGGGUGGCAACGGCCAGUUCCUUGCGCGCCUGCUGGCCGCGCACCCCAAGCUGCGCGGCACGCUGUUCGACCUCGCGCCGCAGGUGGAGCGCGGGAAGCAGUGGUGGCGGGAGCAGCACGCGGCGCUGCUGCCAAGGGCGUCGUUCGCCGCAGGUGACAUGUUUGACCCGUCCACGCUCCCGGCGGGCGCAGCGGCGGGCGACGGGGCAAAGGUCGCGUACGUGCUGCGCAAUAUCCUGCAUGAUUGGGAUGACAAGAGCUGCCUGGCGAUCCUCGGGGCGAUCAGGGAGCAUAUAGAAAUCGUCGGUGGCGGCGGUGGCGACGUCAGCCAGGCGGACGGCGCACCCGUGCAAUCGCAGCAGGAGGAGCGGCAGCAGAAUGGCCGACGGGUGGAGGCCGAAGCCAAGGGGCGGCAGGCUGCGGGCAGGUCAGAGAAAGACGGUGCGGCCGCCACCAGCUGCUCGGUUCGCAGCGAGAAGCGGCGCCGGCGCGGGUCGCCGCCUGCCGCGCUGCUGAUCGUCGAGGCGACGCUGUCCGACGCCAUCCUGCCCUGCAACCUCAAGCACCGCCACGUCAGCGACAUGACCAUGAUGAUGGUUUUCGGGUCCGCCAAGGAGCGGGAUGAGCGGCAGUUUGGUGCGCUGCUGGCGGCGGCGGGCUGGCGGCUGCGGCGGGUGGUGCCCACAACGGGGCUGUAUGUUGUUAUUGAGGCGCUGCCGGCGCCUUGA